AUGUCAAGGGAUGUUAGCAUGUCGAACUCUCCUGGCCAAGAGAACAGCAUCAAGAGAGUCCUUGCUCUGGCGCAGAAUCUUUAUCUCUCCCUCCUUCUUGCCCUUCUUGUUUGCCGUCCCUGCGAUUCAUCGUGGACUGAGAUGAUCCCGUCGGGCCCUCAACCUCCUCCCCGUCGAUCGCAUGUGAGCGUUCAGAUCGAGAGCACCAACGAGAUCUUCAUCUUCGGAGGAGCGACGGACGGGUGCUCAAUAUGCGAAGGAGGACCCAUUGAGACCGCUGGCCUGCCCUGCGACCCAAGCACGGCAGCAAGCGUCUGUCAGGGAGGCUUUUGUGUGGUAAAGGACCACUGCCUGCUCAACGAUGCAUGGACAUUCAACGUACUCUCCUUCGAGUUCAUCCCGCUGCAGCAGUGCUCCUCUUGCGGGGACUCCGUCACUCCUCCGCCGGUGGAGGGAGCAAGGGGAGUCCUGUGGCAGAAAGAUAACCCGGAUGCCGUGGCUGCUCUGGUGUGGGGAGGGCGGACGUACACCAGGAGCGCCUGCCCGACGACAAGCCUGUCCAACGACUGCUUCUCUGCCGCCAUGUUCAAGUUUGCCUUUUCUGGCUCGCAGUCGAAGUGGGUCAAGGUUGAGUCGCUGAGCAACGUCGCCCCGACGGGGAGGUAUGGACAUUCCAUGGACAUCCUUGGCUCGCAGAUCCUCUUGUUCGGGGGGAGCGACGGCAAGUCUGUCCUCAGUGACAUCUGGAUGUUUCAGCCGCAGACAAGCAUCAACAGCGGAGAGUGGUCGGCAGUCAACGUGGACCAGUACGACCUGGCAGCCGUUGGGCUCGGUGAAGCUCUACGUGACCUUGUCGUUUCCCACCAGAGCGAUACCAGCUCGGGUAGACCGCAGGCUGGAGGCAGCACGAUAAUGUCUGACGUGUCUGUAUGGUCAGGAGGCUAUCAGAUCUUCUUCUUCGGAGGGAUCGACGAGUCUACGGUCCUUCAGAACGACCUUUGGACCCUGCAAGUCAACCCCGACUCUGCCUUCUGGAUAACGUGGGAUCCAUCGACGAGUGGGCCGUCGGGCAGAGCAGCACACACGUCAAUAUUCUACAACUUUCAGGUUGGAGUCAAGGAUAGUCUUGGAGAUGUAGCUGGGCCAGUAACUUCCGUUUCAAAGAUCAUCGUCGUCGGUGGAGAAGGAAACGGGGGAGCAGGAACGGAGAAAGUUGUGUCGAGUAUGUGGUACUACGACACCGAGCAGUUCAAGUGGAAGAGGACGGAGCUCCUUGGGUCCGGUCAGGCAGUUCCGAAGGGCCCGAAGCUGCUGAUCGUGCUGUUCGGGUCAACGAACCGAGUGAAGUUCUCCAACAAGGUCUACUACGCCGACAUCAACGACAUGGUGCUUCCCAUCGCUCCGAGUGUGUGGAGGCGAGCGAGGCCCUCCGGCACGCUCCCUUCAAGGAGAAGCGGGCAUGCGGCCGAGGCGUUCGCGUCGAGCCUGAUCGUUUUCGGAGGAGUUUCCCCGCGGUACGGGAUGUACGGAGAUACCUGGAGGUUCGACCUCGGGCAGGGAAUCUGGUCGCCAGUGAGCUACGGAACUGACGCGCAGCCCCUUGCGAGAGCCUACUCUUGCUCCUUCAAGAUCUGGAACUACAUGGUGGGCCCUGCUGCUGCUGUUACUCCUUUUCUCUUUUUCUUCCCUCCUUCCUUCUCCUCCUCUGCCGUGCAGAUCAUCCACGGGGGAGAAGCGGCAGACAGUGUGUGGCUGCAGGAUAUGUGGAGAUUUCACCCUGGAAGUCAGAAAUGGAAUCCCAUCAGCUUCUCCUCCUCUGAGGUCCCGAGCAAGCGCAGCAAGCACUCCUGCUCUGUCAUGGACCCGCUCUCCCUCGAGCCGUACGCCCUGGUCUUCGGUGGGGUGGCGGAUGUAGGAGCAGCAAAGGAAUUGAUCAGCAACGACCUCUGGGCGUUCAAGCCCGUCCAAUCCGCCUCCUCCCGCGACGCUGCGUGCAAGCAGAGGUUGAACAACAUGGCGAGGUUCGACGGGAUCAACGACUUUGUGGUCAUCUACGACCCGAUCUCCACAGCUGGGGGCAAGCUGAGCUUUACCAUCGAGGCCUGGGUGUUCAUCUUUGACUUUGACACGGAGUAUCAGUCGAUCCUCUCGAUGGGGUCAAACCUCAACAUCCAGCGCCUCUCCUCGACCAGCUACCUCCGGGUCACAGCCCUUGACAUCCACCUCAAGGGCAGAGUCAACGUGUUCGACUCUAGUUGGCACCACAUCGCCGUCACCUUCGGCAGCGGGAGGGGCUACGACGAGCUUGUCCUCUACGUGGACGGCCAGGUCGACGUCAGCAAGAACCUGACAGGGCUGAAAGUUGGUACCUACGACUCGACGCAGUCGCUGGUGCUGGGAUACGGGGAUGAAGCUGUCUCCUCCUACUUCAACGGGUACAUGGACGAUGUCAAGUGGUGGAACGUCUCAAGGACCCCAGAUCAGGUUCAGAGCAGCAUGUGGGGACUAUUUAACAACGACCAGACGCUCCAGGGCUGGUGGCAGUUCGAGAGCGCCAACGUGGAUGGAGUGGUCAGAGACUUCUCUCCCUCCGGCCGCCAUGGCAGCAAGGGGAACGGUGCGCUCAUAGCAAGGCCCAGCAUCCUCCCCUCCACCGUCCCCUGCUCCAAGACCGAGUGGCUGUCGCAGAAGCAGCUGUCCUUCGGCUCAUGGCAGAAGAUUGUUACUCCCGCAGACGGCACUCCUUCCCCUCGCCACUCGCACGUCGCUGCCUCCAUCUCCAAGACCCGCCUGCUCGUGCACGGAGGCGUCAGCUCUACCUGGACCAUCCUUGCUGACGUCUGGAUGUUCGACUUCGGCAUCACGACUGGAAACCCAUGGCAGCUGAUCCGUCCCCUGUCUACAGUCACCAUGUUCCCCAUGUACGGCCAUAAGGCGAUCCUGGUCGGAGGGCAUUCCGUCCUUGCCUACGGAGCUUCUCAGCGAUCGACCUCCCUCCCGAUGGAGAUGCUGCAGUUGGACGCGAACUUCGGCAAUCUGAUCAUGGAGAUGUCCCCUGUUUCAGGUCUCCCUCCCCUCUCCUAUCAUUCCCUCCUCGAGAGCAGCACGGGCAAUAUGAUCUUCGGCGGAGACUCCCGGCAUGCGUCCACCGCGAAGGAGGACGGGCAGCAUAAGGGGGAGAGCGUAUCCAACGCGCUCUACCUCUACCAGGAUACGGCGAAGACGUGGGGAGUGAUGGAGGUACCCGGGAUCAAACCGGGCUCGGAGUUCUGGGGGACAGGACUGACGCUGGUGGGAGGAACCACCAUGCUGAUCUUUGCGGGGUUGAGCGACAUGCACGCUCAUGCUAUGCUGUGGACUCUUGACGUCUCCUCCUCCACCUGGAGCAUGUUGACUUAUUCCGUGCUCAGCGUCGGCAGCAACGACACGACAGCAGCCGUUCCCUCCUGCUCUAGCGUGCAGCAGUGCCUCCCCUUGUCCCGGUACGGCCACUCAAGCGUGAGCAUGUCUCCGACUUCUAGCCCCUACCUGGCGAACGCUGCUGUGAUCUAUGGAGGCUUUACCGAGGAUCGGCUCCUGCCCUACGAUGAUGUCUACAUCGUUCAGCUCUCCUCCUCCUCCUCCUCCUCCUCCAACAUGGGGAUGGUCAUCGGGCCCCUUCGAGUCGAAUCCUCCUCUACUCCCGGGGGACUGUACUUUCACGCUGCUGCUGUCGAUGGAAAUAACAUGUACGUCUGUGGGGGCCUGCAGCAGAACUCGUUCGCUCCCUCCAACUCUCUCUGGAGGAUGAGCUUCUCAGGUAGCCUGACCGUCCGCUGGCAGCAGGUGGAGGCCCAAGGCGAGGGCCUCCCGUUCACCUGGAGUAUUUCCAUGCUGCCGGCAGCUCCAGGAAGCUUCCGGAUCGUUGCUGGAGCUGUUUGCACAGGGAGCCAGGACCAGUGCUCAUCACAGGACAGCUUCUUGUCGCAGCGGAAAGUCAUCAUGGAAGUGUGGAAGGUCGAUGUAACGACGAGCAACGAGAGCAGCGUGUACACCUUGGACAAGCUCAACAUCUUCGACGACCCCCAGCAAGGGAGCCCGAGGGCGAGGAAAGGAGCGGCAGUGCAGAUCUUUGGGAACUACCUCGUCAUGUUCGGAGGAGCGAGCUACUUCCACGACCAGGACUGGGGGGAUCUCAACGAUCUUUGGGUGCUCAAGUUGACGUUGGACAAGAGCUACGUGGCCUUCACUUGGCUGGCAGUCAUCGUCUCAGGUGCAGCUCCCCGACCGCGAGCAUGCGCUGGGAUGCUGCUGUCCGACCCCUACGUGUUCAUCUUCUCGGGAGCCAACGUCGUUGCCGGAGAACUCUCGGACAUGUGGAGGUUUGAUUACACCGCUGCGUUUCCCCCGAAGUGCUUCUCUGUAGGGGAGGCUACUAGGUUUGCGACAGCAAACGAGGACAUGGAGUUCAACAUCAUUGUGAGGAAUAUCUUCGGAGGCAACAAUCAAGACUGCUCGUCGGACUUCACAGUUGAGUUUCAGAACCUCCAGACAAGCUCCUUCCUCUCAGGCAAAGUACUCAAGACGCUCACAGAGACAAGUUGCCGGUACAGGGUGCAGUACAAGAUGAAGAAGAUCGGGAUAUUCCAGAUGAAGAUCUUCACGAUGAACGUCGAGAUCAGCAACUCUCCGACGGAGAUCAACGUCCGUCCAGGACCCAACCUGUACUCCAUGUCCGUAGCUCAGGGCGACGGGCUGUCGUCCUGUACCGCUGGCAUUACUUGUACCUUCACCAUCAUCGCUCGUGACAGCAGCGGGAAUCAGGGCCGGGGGGAGGACGCGAUCCGGGUGCUCCUGACAGGGCCCUGCUUUGGCCCUCUGGAGGAUCCAAACACGCAGAUUUUGCAACCCUGUCUCGGUCCAGACUCAAUGACUGGAUUCCAACUUGACAACUUGGAUGGGACCUACGACGUGAGCUAUACUAUCACAGCUACUGGAAACUACUCGAUCCAUGUCUUGAUGGACGGCAAUCAGCAUAUCAGCGGCAGCCCCUACCUAAUGAACAUCCAGUCGAACACUAUCGACCCCUCCUUCUCCCUCAUCUACGGCGAGGGCCUCUCUUUCUCCGAGGCCGGCAUCUCCUCAAAGUUCUACGUGCAGACAAGAGAUGUGUUUGGGAACAACAUCAGCACCUCCGGCUCAGACUCGAUCGCUGCGCUCUUCUGGAAAAGCGCUCCUGAUGGCAGCAUCUCCAACGACCCCAUGCAGGUUGGCGUCCGGCAAGUCGCGCAGGAUUCGGGCUUAUAUGAGAUCAUCUUCUAUCCUUUCUCAGCUGACAACGGCACCAUGGAAGUCUGGGUCAACAACAACUGGCGCCGAGUCUUUCCCAUCGCUCCCAUCCCCGUCUUCGGCGUUUCACGCUCGAAUCAAGACUCGAUCAGAAUGAUCAUUUUCGCUCCCAUCGCCUGCUUCGCCUUCGGGCUCAUCAUGGCCGUCGUCAUGAACAGAAUUCAAAAUUUCUUCAAGAAGAAGCGAAUGAGCGAGAACGGCGAGGAGGAGGAAGAGGGCAGUAGUUCACAAGACAACAAGAGGGAAUCUAUCAACGAGCAGGAGCCGUUGGUAUCAGGUCCCGACCCCAAGGCAAAGUCCAACGGAGAGCAGCGCGAGUUGCAGCCCGAGAGAAUACUGGAAAGAUUGAUGCAGCAGAACUUUCUAAAUGCGGCUCGCACGAUGAAACCGUCACAAUCCCUUCCCUUUGACUCUUGCGCAGUCAUCGGAGCCCUCGACGUCUACUUUGAGAGCGAGCAUGACGAGGAGCAGAAGGAGGCAGUCCUCGCGCACACGCUGAAGAAGAUCCUUGCAGCCAGGGAGUCACGGCUUGUCAAGUGA